AUGCAGAGGCAGGAGCGCUUUGCAGAGAGGCCGGGCCUCCUGGAGCUGGAGAGAUUUGAGCCCAGGGCCCUGGAGCACAAGGCCACUGAGCUGGAAGAGGAGAUGAAGAGCCUGUCCAACCUCCGGGCUGACAACCAGCGCCUCAAGGACAAGAAUAAGGCCGUGAUCCUAAUCCUUGUCAUCAGCAAACUGUCCAAAUGA